AUGUCCAGCACGUUGGGGUUUCCGUCCAAAUUCGGUCGCGCUAACGAGGUUGUGAUCGACAAGGCCAUCGGCAGCAAGCCCCAGUGGACCCGUCGGUUUUCGCUUCGACGUUCGCUGCGGUCGUUUACGGGCAUCAAGGCGAGACGACACGCGCUCCAGACGUUAAUCUCCCCAAUCACGCCCAAAAGCUGGACCUCGACAGUGCACGGCAUCGUCAUGCUCGCCGUCUACCACCUCCAACUCAUUUACCUUCCGUUCUCGCCCAGCUAUUACCAAGACGGCUCGCUGGGGACGACAGUCAUCAUGAUACUGUUUGAGGGCGUGUUUCUGCUCGAUCUGCUGCUCAAUUUUAAUACUGCGUACGUCGAGCAGGGAGUUCUCGUCACGUCUCGGAGGAAAAUCGCAGAGAAUUACGUCCACAAGUGGUUCGUCUUCGACGUACUCUCAGCUUUGCCACUCCAAGCGACAUUCUGCUUCGCCACUGGUUCAGUUCACUCGACACACGCCGCUCGUCAAGGAACGCAAGCCACGCUCAUGGUGCUCAGGCUUCUCCGCGUUACUUUGCUGGAAAAGGGCGUACUAUUGAGUCGCGUCAUGCGCGUUGCCCAUCGCUUGGCAGCCAGACCGGUAGUCGAUCACGCGCGCAGAGACAACGCUGUCGGUGCGCCACUCAAUUCGCCGAAGUCGGAGCUUGUCGUCGUUCCUUUAGUGGCAGACGGCGACAAGUUCGCCGACCGCUACCCUGCCAACCUAUCCAGUCGAUCCAAGGCUGCUCGUAACCAGACACUCGCCGACAUGCUGUGGAAGCGAAGCAAUACGAACGGCGACUUGCUGAAACACACGGAUGAGGAGCGAAACGCUUCGAGACUGCGGCGCCAGGUCCGUCCACGCCACAGUAUGCCGACAGAACUUGUAGCGGAACGUGCGUCCUCCGGCUUUGACAACUCUCGAGACGAUUUCAACUUCGCUGCAGUGGGCGACCACCCGCCCCACGUCACCAAAAAUCGUCUCGAUACACUCAAGUAG